AUGAAGCGGCACAUCAAAUCGUGCCCUCACAAGCCCAGCGGCCGGGCAGACGGACGCCAGCUCCCAGAACCCGUCAGGGUCAAUGCACAGGGAGCUGUGCAAAACAACGUGGUCCUGGACAAUAGGACACCACAGCUCAAUUGGCAGCAGCAGAUGCCCCGACAAGUGACUGCCGUCGCGGCUGCCGUCGCGCCUCAAAUGGGCCUCAACUUAGCCCGAACAGAACCCAUCAGAGACUCGGUGUGGUCCGCAGGCGCUCUUCCGCAGCCUCGCGGUCCUUGGCAGCAGAAUCUGCCCAAAGCGCAACCGGCUGCAAUGCCUCGUCUUGUCCCCACGGCCACGACGGCCGUCAACAACCCCCAAGUGCCCGCAUUUACGGCUUACGGGCAAGGGUGGUCUUUAGCGAUUGGUGGCUCCUAA